AUGGUUGUCCAGUUGGUAAAAGAUGCUGGUAUCUCUGUGAGAAAGGCUGCUUUGGCAUAUGGUAUCCCUAGAUAUACAGUACAGGACAAGGUAAACAGGAGGACUGAAAUUGCACAACGGUCUGGACCUAAAGCUGUGAUAUCUACGACAGAAGAGUCUAGGAUUGUUUAUAACUUCUCUAGCUCAGAUAAAACCCAAAUCACUGUACUUGCGUGCACUAGUGCAACAGCCCACUAUUUACCUUCAAUGAUUGUUUAUCCGGGAAUCAGAUUUGAAUACAACCCGGUUGAAGGUUUUGAAAAUGUCAUACUUGGCAGAAGCAUUAAUGGUAGUCUACUGGGAGACUGA